AUGUUCUCACACAAAGAGCUCACAGAGGGCAAUGAGCAGCACAUGACUCUGCUGAUGCUGAUUCAAUCAGAGCUGAAUGCAGCACUCAGCGGCCCCGUGCGAGAGCCCUCUGUGCGGGUGGCUGUGGAGGGUGUUGGGAGGGCCAUGGAAGCUGUUGGGCAGGGUGUGCAAACGAGUACGAACCUGUACCGUGACUGGACCCAGUGGACGGGACAGGCCUGCUGGUGCGAUCGGUGCUGA